AUGGCAACCGCACAGCCCGUAGUCGUGUCUCUGCGUGACCUGCAGACUGGCUCUGUUUCCGAUGAGACCCUCCAGGAGGCUUUCGGACCCGAGUCCUUGGGCAUUUUAGUCGUCAAGGACGUGCCGCAAGAGUUUGCAGGACUACGGCAUAAGCUCCUGUCGUACGCCUCGUACAUGGGCAACCUCAACGAGGAGGAUUUCUUGAAGUUCACAAACGAGGCAGCCAAGUACCUGGUCGGAUGGUCGAAAGGCCAGGAGCGGUUAAAGGACGGUGGUGCCGACGAUCUGAAGGGCUCCUUCUACGCCAACUGUGCUUUCUAUGUCGACCCUAGCCGUGAGGCACCAGAACCAACGGCGCAGUUCACGCUGGAGGACUUCCCCGAGUAUUUGGCGCCUAACUCCUGGCCGCCGAAGGAGAUGCUUCCUGGCUUCAAGCCCGCGAUGGAAGCGCUCUGCAGUCUCAUAAUCGACACGGCUGUUCUGGUCGCGAGGGCAUGCGACAGGUUCGCCGAGAAGGAGAUCCCAGAGUACCCCAAAUCGUACUUGGAGCACACCGUGAAGACGUCGUCUACUAGCAAAGCGCGACUGCUGCAUUACUACCCCAUGACCGAAGAAGUCAUGGCUAAAGGGGCUGGCGACGACAACUGGUGUGCCGUGCACAAGGAUCACGGAUGCCUUACUGGCUUGACGUCGGCCAUGUUCAUCGACGAGGAGAGGGUGAACGCCAAGGUGCCGAGUUUCGGCGACAAGGCGCCGGAGUCGCUGGAUACGCUCGAGGAACUGUCUCAGUCGCCUGACCCGCAAGCAGGCCUCUGGAUUAAGUCGAGGAAGGGAGAGCCUGUUCAGGUCAAGAUCCCGAGAGACUGCAUAGCGUUUCAGACAGGCGAGACACUGGAGAGGAUCACGCGAGGCAAGUUUAAGGCUGUGGAGCAUUCCGUCCGAGGAGCAUAUGCCAAAGGUGUGGCGAGGAAUACCCUGGCCGUCUUCACGCAACCGAACCUGGAAGACGAAGUGGACUUGGAUCAGCACAUCACUUUCGGCGAGUUUGCAAGGGGCAUCAUCGCCAAAAACACAGUUUAA